AUGGAUUAUUCAGAUGAUGACAUGAUCGAUAACGAAUCAGGGGAGGAGAAUAACAGCGAUGGUGGUGGUAAUGAAUCCUACAACUACAACGCUGCGGUAGACACAAUUAUUCUAUCUGAGAAAAGUUACGUGAUUAUCAAGGAAGAAGAGAUUCUGAAGCUUCAAAGAGACGACAUCGAACGAGUUUCCACGAUUCUCUUUCUAAGCCAAGUGGAAGCGAUUGUUCUGCUUCUUCACUAUCAUUGGUGUGUUAGUAAACUCGAAGAUGAAUGGUUUACGGACGAAGAGAGAAUCCGUAAAACCGUUGGUAUAUUAAAGGAGCCUGUCGUUGAUGUUAAUGGUACAGAAGUGGAUAUUCAAUGUGGAAUUUGCUUUGAAUCAUACACUCGAAAGGAAAUUGCUAGUGUUUCUUGUGGUCAUCCUUAUUGCAAGACCUGCUGGACUGGUUACAUCACUACGAAAAUCGAAGACGGUCCGGGAUGUUUAAGGGUUAAAUGUCCCGAACCUUCUUGUUACGCUGUUGUUGGUCAAGACAUGAUCGAUGAGGUUACUGAGAAGAAAGAUAAGGACAAGUAUUAUAGAUAUUUUCUUAGGUCUUAUGUCGAAGACGGGAAGAAGAUGAAAUGGUGUCCAUCACCGGGAUGCGAAUGCGCGGUUGAAUUUGGUGAAAGUAGUGGUUACGAUGUUGCUUGUUUGUGUUCGUAUAGGUUUUGCUGGAAUUGCAGUGAAGAUGCUCACAGUCCUGUGGAUUGUGAAACAGUGUCAAAAUGGAUAUUCAAGAACCAAGAUGAGUCGGAGAACAAGAAUUGGAUACUAGCGAAUUCGAAGCCAUGUCCUAAAUGCAAACGUCCUAUCGAGAAGAGCCAUGGAUGUAACCAUAUGACAUGCUCAGCGUCGUGUGGCCAUCGUUUUUGUUGGAUUUGUGGUAAAUCAUAUAGUGAUCACUAUGCUUGCAACAAUUAUGUUGAAGAUGCUGAUCACGAUAAGAGAACAUUGCUUCAGAGUGAAAUCAAAAGAUACACGCAUUAUUAUGUAAGAUGGGUAGAAAAUCAAUCGUCGAGGCUUAAGGCUAUGAGUGAUCUGGAGAAAUUCCAAUCGGUGCAGCUAAAGCAGCUUAGUGACAAUCAGUGCAAACCAAAAAUUGAUCUCCAAUUCAUUGUAGAUGCAUGGCUUCAGAUCAUCGAAUGUAGGAGAGUCUUGAAAUGGACAUAUGCAUAUGGAUACUACCUUGAUAAUCUCGCCAAGCGACCAUUGUUUGAGUAUUUGCAAGGGGAGGCUGAAACAGGUUUGGAGAGGCUUCAUCAUUGUGCAGAGAAUGAGUUGAAACAAUUUUUCAUUAAAAGUGAAGAUCCAUCCGAUACUUUCAAUGCAUUCCGGAUGAAAUUAACUGGUUUGACUAAAGUAACUAAAACCUAUUUCGAUAAUCUGGUGAAAGCUUUGGAGAAUGGUCUUGCUGAUGUGACCAAAUCAAGUGAAGAAUCUGCUGAUUUUCUCGAAACACAAAAGCUAUAUGAUGCUUAUAUAAGUGAAGGCUGCUUCUUCUGA